CGUCCGCAUCUUCAUCUAAGCCUCAUAAACUCGCCCUCGUCGGAAGCCGCCGUCCAUCUGUUGUUCCUGGUUCCAUGACAACUGAGGGCUUUCGGUGAGUUGCCUUCACCCGAGCAGAGGGGGACAAUAAAAAAAGGGGUGCUAAUGCGAAGGGCAGCGAUGACAACGUUAAUUAGUGGGAGCGGGAUCAUGGAGGAGUGAGGCAAAUCAUUUGCAAUUUUUGGGCGAUUUCCUGUAUUUCAAAGCAGACGAGUUCUGGGAUGCAUGCUUCUACUCGAGUACUGCCGCUGCUUUUUUGUACAUAGUUAGUGAGGCCAACUAGGGGCGGAGCAGAGUCAUCAAGUGGACAUCAAGAGCAGAAGCAGCAGCAGCAUUGAAGCAUGAUGACACACUGUGCCAGCCGAGUACAGAUUGUUUUGCCGAGGGACGGGAAGAAGUGGAUCACGAGAGGGGGCGGUUGAAAAAUACAAAACAACACGGCCGAAGAGCUGUGGACUCACAUGUCCGAGCCCUCCCACCCCCUUUUCCUCUCUGUCUCUCUCCCCCCCCCCCUUUUUUUUUUUUAAACCACCACCAUCAGCAGCAUCAUCACGGGUGCCAGCUGAGGACAGUCGAGCGAGGAAGAGCCGCACAUCAGCAGACACCUGAGCGGAAAAGCCUCGGUCGGCUCUGCUGUUUAACGCGAUGGACUCCCCCCCAGGCCUGUUUGAAGACUCCAAUCCGCAAGGCCGCCCGUUUGGACCCCCGCUCCUCUCGGCAGACGUGUUUGGAGGUCGCCCGCCUCCGAGUAACUUCAGACCCCUCGGCUUUCCCCUCAUCCAGCAUCAGCUCAGCCAGUCCUACGGAACCUCUCGCGGCACGCCAAGCGCGCUCCCGGCCGAGGAGAGCAACGCGGAGAGAGGAGAGCGAGGAGGCCGGGAGGGCGACGAGGUUAAGAGGCGAGCGGGCGCCCGCUGGGGUCAGGAUUUGGCGAGGGUGAAAAGGAUGAAGCUGGAGGAGGGCGGCGGGAGGCGCGGCGGGGGAGGGAGGGAGCUGAGGAGGAGGAGGAGAGCGGAGCUGAAGGAGCAGCUGGACGAGGCCCGGGAAAGACUGCAGGCCCUGCAGAAGAAAGUGCUGAGGGCCUUUGGGGAGAGCAACAUGGAGGAAGAGGAGCGCAAAAGGAGUGGGAACGCAGAUGUGGAGGAUGAUGACGAGCGGAUGUUCGACGAAGAGGAGGACCUCGAUGGAGGUCCUCUGGGAAACGAGACCCUCUCUCCGAUCACCCCUUUUUACAGCUUCAAGUCAAGGGAGGAGAAGCGAAACGACAAAGCGAGGAUGGAGCGGGGGAGAGGCGAAGGUGCCAUGGAAGGAGUGGGCCUGUGGUUGGACUGGGACGGAGGGAUAAAAGACGAGGACGAGGAGGGCGGCCACAAGUUCGCCCAGGCGUUGAAGCUGGAGCUGGGCAGCGCCGUGGCCAGAGUCAUCGACCGCGUCCUGCGCCUGUACACCGACGCGUCCUGUCCCGAAGGUGGCGAGGCGAGUGCAAGAGCGGAGGAGGAGGUCAGAGGUCAGGAGGACACACCGGGGGGGAACGACGAAGACGGAGAAAGAGCGCUUCAAAUCAUGAGCAGCCUGGCGCCUCAUGGCGUCCAGACGGCCGAUUUGGCAUCCCCAUUAGUGGCACGCAAGUCACCUGACCUCCAGAAGACACACCCCCUCCUCAGCCCGCUUCUCCCUCGACCUCCUCUUCUUUUAGCCCCGGCUCCUCGAGCCAAGGAGCCCUCCUCCGGCCUACCGCCCUCCUCUUCCUCUUCCUUCCACGCCCCUCCCCUGGCCCUCCCGCUGCUCCACUACUCCAUGCAGCAGCUCUUCUCCCGCUCACUCCACCACCCGCAGAUGCCCCAUCUCCCGGCGUCGCCGCGCAAGGAUUUCCUCAACUCUGACCCCUACCUCGAAUUCCCCACGCACCCGUCCUUCCCCCCGCUGCCCCUGCUCGCUCCCCUGGGACCCUCCCUGGUGCGCCACGCCCAUGGGGGCCGAGAGAGGGAGAGGGGGGUGAGGGGAGGGGGCAUGAUGGACGGAGGAGAGCUUUACCUGAGCACCGGGGGGACCCAGGAGGGCUUGUCUCCUUGCCACCUGAAAAAAGCCAAACUCAUGUUCUUCUACGCUCGCUAUCCCAGCUCCAAUACACUCAAGACAUACUUCCCUGAUGUCAAGUUUAACCGCUGCGUGACCUCCCAGAUGAUUAAAUGGUUCAGCAACUUCCGGGAGUUCUUCUACAUUCAGAUGGAGCGCUUUGCCAGGCAGGCGGUCCGCGAGGCUCUCACCCGGGACGGCGCACCUCGCAGAGAGAAUCAGCUGCGAGUGGGCCGGGAUACCGAACUUUACCGCAUACUCAACAUGCACUACAAUAAGAGUAACAUCUACCAGGUCCCGGAGAGGUUUAUCGAAGUGUCUGAGGUGGCCCUAAGGGAGUUCCACUCGGCCAUUUGGACAGGCAGAGACAGCGACCCCUGUUGGAAGAAAGGAAUAUACAAAAUAAUCUGUAAACUUGACAGUGGCGUGCCAGAUGCCUUCAGACUGCCUGGUUGCCCAGUUGGCUAAUAAUAGUCAAGUUUUGUUUUGAAAUACAUUGGUGCCUUGAGAUAAGAGUAUCUGGGAGUCAAGAUAUGAGCCAAAUACUUCUUUAAAUUCUAUGUAAUUGUGUGACUAUAGUAUUUUUUUUUUUUCUUAUGGAAGAUGAGUUGAGAUUCAGGUGCUUUGAGUUAGGACGACGGUCAUGGGAUAAAUUGAACUUGUAUCUCAAGGCACCACUGUACACAAGAUGAACAUACAUGCAUGCACCAACGUAUUCCUUCAGACAUAAAAAGACGACUUUCUACUCUACAUUUGACGUUUAAAACCGUACAGGUUUCAGACACGAUGUUUACACAUACUUGAGUCUCUGUUUUAAAUUCAAAGGAGCUCUAUCAUCCUAUUUUAUGCUUUCUGCGGUUAAUUAUAAGCAUAUAUGUGAUUAAAUGCUACCAUGGUGGUCUAAUUUGUACUUGAACAUAAAAAAUAUCAAACAAAAUAGCAUGAUAUGGCUCCUUUAAAGUCCUUUCUGGUGUCUUUGUAUGUAUUAUAAAACAUUAUUUAUAAUCAAACUGUCCGUUCACUGCAACGACAUAUUUAAAAUGACACAUGAACUCUACAAAGGUUCAGCCUGCGGCUAUUUUUGUUGUUGCUCUUCAAUUAUUGUGCGAGACUUUAUUUGUGAUGUAGCUUCAAGUGAAUGUGUGAUGUAUUUUGAAUUAUAACCUGUUGCUUUCUAUUCUAACUGUACAGUGAGCGUAUUCUUGAAAUCCGUGCCUCAUUCUAAUACACUCGUGUGAAACUGGAUGUUUAAAAUGAGCAGUGAAUUAAAAAAAAAAAAAA